AUGUUGACUCCGCGCUUCGAGAUCACGCAGACCGACGAGGAGGUGACGAUAAUUAUCCAUGCUCCAUACGCGAAUAUAAAAGACACGGAGGUGUACGUCGACGGAACCGAUUUCCUAUUUUUCUCCACUCCGUAUUUUCUCAAACUGCAGCUUCCAGGUAAGAUAGAAGAAAACGAUUCAUCCUCUGGUGCUUAUGACUGCGAGAAAGGUGACUUUACCUUACAUUUCUCCAAAGUAAACAAGGAGGAGCAUUUUGAAAACUUGGAAAUGAUAACAAGUCUUCUGGCACCAAAAAAGAAAAGCACUGUUAUACCUAACAUUGAAGUAAUCGGUAAUCCAUUUGUGGCUUCAACAGAUAUGAGUGAAAACAAUGUAGAUAAUUCUGGAAAUAAUUGUUCUCCACCUCAUGAUAAUUUUGUAGGAAAUGCAAUGAGUCUUAUAAACUCUCCAAAGUAUGGUUUUGCUAAUAAAAUAUCAGGAGCUUUAAUCGCUUUUGAGAAUAUAUGGAUUAAAGAAAUAAUAGAUCUUCCUACUCCUGAUGUAACUUCUGAUGUAGAAAGAAAAAGUUUGCGAGAACAGCGUGAAUUAAGUGAUUUCUCCGAGGAACAUUAUAUGGCAGAUCUGAUGGAAUCGGAAGUCACUAAGCCAUGCUUAAUAUAUCAAGCAGAAUGGGAUAUAUUACAAAAAGAUCAAAUAGCAUUUAAUGAAGCAGAAAUCGAUCUGUUAAAGGAACUUCCAAAUAAAGAAUAUUUAUUAAAUGCUGAAGAUAUAGAAAAAUUAUGUUUCAAUCUAGUCGACAUCUUAUAUGCCAAUUGUUAUAAUCAUCGAACAACAUUAGGAGAAAAUAAUUCAGAAAGUAGCUGGACUAUUAAUAAACUAAGUUCUACGUUAUGUUGGUUUCAAAACUUUACUUCUCUAGAUGAGGUUGUAACAGCAUGUAUUCGAAGGGCGCUUUGUUAUCCACUUUACAGAAAUUGGGAACUUUCUAUUAAAUUAUUAGAAGACGUUAAAAAAGUUCUGUCAUUAGGAAAGAAAUAUAUCGUUAAACGCUUCUGUGAAAUACACAGUCUCUUCAAUAAUUCAUUUGAACCAAGAUACAUACUGAACCAAUUGUAUAUAAAGGAUUUUCUAAUUUGGUUGCAAACGUUAUCUGAUUCCUUAAUAGAAUCUCUUCAUUCUUCACUAAAUAAUAUUCAUCCAAACAAAGAAAAUAUAGGAUUAGAAUUAGUAGAACUGGAAAUGGCAGCUUGUUCUGUCCAAGAAGAUUUUGUUAUAGAAAAUACUAUUCACCAAAUGACCAAUAAUAUUGAAACACUAUCUAUGAAUAUUGACAAACAGGAAACGCCAAAGAAUGUAUACCAUGUUAAUCAAAAAAUUUUUAAGUGUUUAUUAUCGAGCAGUUCAAGUUCAACGGAUAGCAGCGAUACAGACUCUGAUAGCAAUACAUCAAGCAGCAGUAGUAGCAGCAGCAGUCUAGAUUCUGAUGAUUUAGAUGACGAGCCCAAAUAAAUGAGCAAAAACUGAUAGCUCCAAUGAAUCAUGAUAUAAAGACAAAGGUAUGCUUAUCCGGUGGUAACCCACUGCGCAGAAUUUCGGAAUAGUGGGGAUGUCACCAAGCAUACGUCAUUAUCGACUGUUUCCGAAACAAUUCGAGCAGGUUUGGCUCGUGAAGUAUGGCCAUGUUCAUAUAGGAUGGACUGUUGAUAGUAGUGGGGAUAGAAAGACUAGUAGAGUGAGAGGCGGAUAAUUAGAUGAUCGUUCGGGAGUUCCGAAGAACCACU